GGGGCGGCGCGGGCGGGCGGGCAGCGCGGCGCCGCGGCGGCGGAAGAUGUCGGGGCAGUCCAUCACGGACCGCAUCACGGCGGCGCAGCACAGUGUCACCGGCUCGGCCGUCGCCAAGGCCGUCUGCAAGGCCACGACCCACGAGGUGAUGGGCCCCAAGAAGAAGCACCUGGACUAUCUGAUACAGUGCACAAAUGAAAUGAAUGUGAAUGUUCCACAGUUGGCAGACACACUUUUUGAGAGAACUGCAAACAGUAGCUGGGUUGUAGUGUUCAAAGCUCUAAUUACAACACACCACCUCAUGAUGUAUGGAAAUGAGCGCUUUAUCCAGUAUCUUGCGUCCCGAAACACGUUGUUCAAUCUUAAUAACUACCUGGACAAAAGUGCCAUGCAGGGCUAUGAUAUGUCUACCUUCAUUAGACGAUAUAGCAGAUACUUGAAUGAAAAAGCACUUUCAUAUAGACUUGUAGCAGUUGACUUCACCAAAAUGAAAAGAGGGAUAGAUGGAGUGAUGAGAACCAUGAAUGCUGAAAAGCUUCUGAAAACCCUUCCGAUCAUACAGAAUCAGCUUGAUGCACUCCUUGAUUUUGAUGCAAAUCCAAAUGAACUAACAAAUGGUGUCAUUAAUGCUGCCUUUAUGCUCCUUUUUAAAGAUUCCAUUAGACUAUUUGCAGCAUACAAUGAGGGGGUUAUUAAUCUCUUAGAAAAAUAUUUUGAUAUGAAGAAGAACCAGUGCAAAGAAGGCCUGGAUAUUUACAAAAAAUUUCUAGCCAGAAUGACCAAAUUGUCAGAAUUCCUCAAAGUAGCAGAGCAAGUUGGAAUUGAUCAGGGUGACAUUCCAGAUCUUACUCAGGCGCCCAGCAGCUUGCUUGAAGCAUUGGAACAGCAUUUGGCUUCUCUGGAAGGAAAGAAAACAAAAGAAGUCUCUGCUGCCAGCCGAGCUAGUGCCCUGUCCAGCGCUGUUUCAACGCUUGCCAGCACAGGAAUGUCAUUUAGCAGGAUGGAUGAGAAAGAGAAGCAGCAGGCAUUAGAGGAGGAGCAAGCUAGACUGCAGGCACUUAAGGAACAGCGAUUAAGAGAGAUUUCUGUGGUAUCAAAUUCCAUUUCUACAUCAGCAUCUCCAAGCACUUUAUCAGGAAAAAGUGUGAAUACCACUGCAGCUGUUGACCUUUUUGCAGUACCAGCACCCACAACAAAUAGCAUGCCCAACCUUUCUAGUGAUCUUUUUGAUCUUCAGCCUGCAUUUGUUCCAACUGUACAGAGUACUCCAGCUAUAGCAACAUCAGCAAGCAAUGCAUGGGGAGGUCCUUUCUCGUCCUCAAACGGUUGUGUUGGUUCUCCACCUCAUCUGGACAUCUUUGACAUGAAGCCAGUUGAAGAAGCUGUAAAAUCUACCACCCCUUUCAUCAGUUCUACCUUUUCCUCCAAACAAACAGUGGAACUGUUCAGUGAUGAUUUUAGUGGUCAUAAACCUGCAUAUACCUCUGUGUAUCAUCCUCUGACUGUUGAUGGGUUUCCUCUUCAUUCAGCUCCUCCAAGUACCACCUCUUCAGCAAUUAAUGCAGACUUUGAUGCUGUUUUUGGAGGAAAAUCUACUGCACAAGAGUACAGGACUACUAGUGAUGAUGUAUUGCAACCCACAGUACCACCACAAAGUCAAAGAACUGCUGUAGCCAGUCAGCAAAGUGGAAAAAUUCUGGCAAAUGAUCUUGAUUCUUCACUUGCUAAUCUUGUGGGGAAUCUUGGCUUUGGAGGAACUCCAUCCAAAAAAUCAGAUAUGCAGUGGACCCAGCCUACAGAGAAAAAACUUACUGGUGGAACAAACUGGCAAGCAAAAACAAGCACAUCAACUACAUGGAACCCUACUCCCUUACCCACUAUUCCACAUAUGAAUGGAGUACAUUAUCCUGGAUAUGUACCUGCUCCUAUUGCAUACCCAGUGACCACACCUCAAGUGCCUCUAUAUGGAAUGGUACCUCCUCAGAUUGGAGCUGCUCCUUUGAUGGCACCCCAGUCAAUGAUGUAUACACAACCUGGUUUAAGGUCAACAAACCCUUUUGCACCUGUUUCUGGAACUCAGAUACAGUUUAUGUAAAGCCGCCAAAGCAGCAAGAUGUGCAAACAACCAAAUACUGGUAAAAAGAAAAGACUGAAUUUCAUUCUUCCCAUGAUGUAUUCUUGAACAGGGCAACUGUUUCUCCCCUGUAUAAUGUAAUACUAAUUUGAAUUGCAAUGCUUUAGAGAUUCUUGUUUAUAACAGUCAUUGUGGUAUGAAAUCAUGUUUGUUCACUGGUUUUUAGACUUCAGUAGGAAACUAAUCUUUGAGGUCAACUCAGCUUUGAAGAUGAGAAUCCAACUUGCACCUUCUGAGAAGAGGGUUAUAUGAUUGCUUUGCAAUCUUAUUCAUCAGUGGAUUGCCUGAAGGAAGUUAACUGAGAAUGUCAUAAAUCCUAUUUAUUUUCUCCAUAAAUUCUGUGGCUGUUUUUACCAAGACACAACUCAAAUGAAGUUGAGCAAUAAAACUUUCAUAUGCUCUAAUAAAUACUCUGAUAGAGUAAUGCUUGCAUUAUCAUAAGGCCAAUAUUGAAUGAAAUCAGACAGCUUUUUCACAUUAGCAUAGCUUAUAAUAAUUCAUAAACUCUAUAAUGUGAGUUUUAAAUGCUGUGAAUCAACAAGAAAUAUAUGUAUAUUUUAUAUAUAUAUAUAUAUAUAUAUAUAUAAUGAAAAUAAUAAAUUGCUCCGUUGGCAUAAUGUCAGUGUUACAUGGCUAGUUGAAAGGGCCAGGUUCUGACAUUGGCUAAAGCUCUUGCCUCAGAGUAGGGAAAGAAGUAUGUAGUUUUUGUUACAGCGAAAGUGUAUACCCCAACAGCAGCAAAUUGGAGCAAUUAGAAAAUCUUGUUGCUAACUGCAAAAGAGGUAAGAGAUAUAACUUUCUUUUUUUUUUAAAGUUCAGUUCAUCAGUUCAAUAAAAGCAAAUCUUGCAGUAGUGUUGACACUUCAAAACUGGUAACUAUAUUAAAAUAGUCCCAGCCAUAGAGAACAGCUUGUGCUUCUUUUCUGAAACAAGAACCUACUUGUAAACCAUACAGAAGUAAUUAUUUUAAAUGUGUAAAUAUGUGCAAACUUUUAAAUAACGUUUUCUUUAAUGCUGCAGUAAUUUUUCUUCCUUCUGUAGUAUUUUUAAGAUCUUAAUGCUGUAAGAAGAAGUCCAGACUUGUUUUGAGAGGAGAAUCUUGUGAAUCAACUGGUCUGUGAGGCAUGCUAUCGCUGACGGGUUAGAUACACAGGCUUUUGAUGUGUCUUUUGUAUUUAACAAUCUUCUUCCAAAAUUUAGGUUGGCUAUGAAAAUGCCUUAACUUGUAUCUUUAAAUGCCCAAUAAAAUGUGAUAGCACUUAAAUGAAGUUAGAAACAACCCUUUCUCCAGAAGUUUGGCAGAACACAAUGAAGAGCUCUCCUGUAAUGUGGCUUCUACCGAUGAUUAAUAUUAAAGUUGGGUUUUUCAAAAAGAAAGAGUUUCUACUGUUAUGGACCUCCAGAUUAAUAUGGCUUUUAUCUCUUGGACACUAUAUUUGCAAAAGUAUCUCUGAAUCUCACCAUAAAUGUAAGUAGGCCUUGAAAAUCUUGUCAAAUUGUCCUGUAGAGAACUUCCAAAAUACAGUAGAAGCAAGCCUCUCAUUUUCAAAAUGUUUAAUUUUUUUUCCAUAGAGUACAGAAGUAGUAUUUCUUAAUGCUGCAGAAAUACUUUUGUCAAGCAAAACAGUUAAACCCAACCCCUGGAACUGAUAACCGCUAACCUUUGGGGAAAUUUAACCUUGCAGAAAUUUUAAACUCCUGAGACUCUGAAUGUGUGCUGAUGAAGAAUUGGACUGAUAUACAGCAAUUUAACAUUUAAACUUAAGUUAUAAAGGGCUCCAAGCUUUAAUCCACCUUUCCUGGGUUGAGCAAUUGUACCAUUUUAAGCUAAUGAAUUUUCUGAUGCCUGUAGCUGCCCUCAUUGUGGUAAGGGAAUAGAUCCCAUUCGGAAUGGGUCAUUGGUCCGGGAUGGGGUGGAGGGUGUUGUUUGUAUAAGAAAUAGUUAAUUCCAUUCCUCUAUUCUGCAUUGAGGAGCCUUGAAUUCAAAUUAGACCAGUACAUACAGUAGUAAGUAUCCGAGCAUCAAUGUCAUAGCCGAGAUCGUUAUGACCAGGCAGUGUCUGGCACGGUGAACUAUCAGGUUUUUUUUUCCAUACUGGAUUGUAUAUGCCAUGAUCAGUUAUUUUUAAUAAAAUAUGCAAACAGGUACCUGGCAAGCAUUAUAUAUUCAUUAUAACUUUUUUGCAGUGCAUUGUAAAGAUCUGGAAUGUACUUCACUCAGAAAUGGAUUUAGACCUGAGUACUGUUUGCACUAGUAAAACUUCCAAUUUGCUCUGGAUUCUUUUAAAUAGUUCUUUAGCAUGCUUUCUUGUAGCAAAGCUGUCUGAUACCAAUUUACUUUAGUAUUUAAAAAAAGGAGAAACAGCCACAAAGUAUGUCCUAAUGACUCUAUAAAUUAUCUUAUCCUUAGUCUCAUUCAGAAUGUUUGACACGUUAAAACACAGCUCUUACAGAUUUAUCCUUGUGAAGCGAAGGUUGCGUAGCACACUUCUGUCCUCGUGGGAGCGUGCAGAACUGCUUUUUCUCCACCUCUUCCUUGUGGACCUGUUGGAAUGCGCAAAAUGGACAAGUACUAUGUUUUAAACCACAACAUAGUUCAUAUGCUUAGAAGUAAAUGCAAGGACUUAGGAUGAUGUCAAGGCUCUUACGGCUCAGAAUUUGUUCUCCAAAAAAACGCAUUGUAGACAAAGGUGGUUCUGGAGGGUAACUGUAAUAACUCGCAACAGUUGCAAAUAACUGUGAUAAGUGAAAGGGGGAAGCGCUGUGUGUACCCGUGACUUUGUUCACGACCUGCUUCGGUCGGGAUCCUGCUCUGAACGCUCCAGAAAGCCGGUAACCAAGAUGGGAGCAUGGAGGAGGACUUGCAGAAUGCUGUGCGCUUUGCACUAUUGAACUCUAGGGGGUCGUUCAAGCCUAACGCAGGGAUUUAACGCUGCUGCGGGGGGCUGUCUCUGGGAUAUGCAACAAGAUCAGCCUUUGGGGGAAUUUGGGAAGGAUGAUGGUGUUAGGCCUACUGGACUUGAAAGUGUACUUCUUGAAUAACUAGGGUUUUCUAAUGUUCUUUAGAUAUAGUUUGACUUUGCCUCCAAGAAGUUAUUGAAUUUACCUUUUUUAAUUUCAGAUAAAUUAUGUACUAGAGAAAUCUCAGUUCUGUGCACAUAGUGGUGGAAUACUUGUAGGUAAAAAUAACAAAUGGACUUUUGUAAAACAUUGAGUAACUUCUGACUACAAGAUUGAAUACAGGGUGUAUCCACAUCUGGGUUUUUCGAUGUGUGGCAGGGAGGGUGGGGUUAUAAUUAGAAUAGUAUGCACUGUGGAUCAGUGCUUAAUUUGUACAUAAAAGGGAAAAAUUUUGUUUUGAGUAGUUUGUAUUGUAAGGACAACAUAGAAAGGCACUGUGUAUCAAUCGUUUAUUUCCAUUUUAAAGAUUAUAUUUUUGAGCAAUGGAAACUACAUCUUACCAUUUAUACAUUUACUGGUAGCUAGGAAUAUAGAAAAACUAUGUUGCUAUUACUCUGAAGAUGUAUUUGAUCUGUCAUUAAGUAUAUUACUGCAUCAUUACUUUAUGCAGAUUCUCUUGAGCAUUUAUUUAAAGAGAUUGUAGUAACUGGUACAGUUACUACACAAAUUGUAACAUCAGAUCUUUCAGUAUAUCUGAAAUGUGUAUAGCCUUGUGAUUAGGUUUAAUCCUUUACUGAAUGUUUGGCUGGAAUCUCGUCUUGGAACAAUUACAAAAAUAGGUGCUGGAACUGAUUUCCCCCACCCCAACCCACACAUUAUUUAUUUAAUAGUUCUUGUUUUGUAUGUUACAUUUUCUCCUCAGAACAGGUUUGUGCCUUUAUUGGAUAUUUAUUUAAAAGGGGCUACUAAAACUUAAGUUGUUCAAGCUGUUUUACAGGUUUAUUCUUGUGUGGCUGUUCCUUUACAUGAGCUCCUUCAUUUUAUAAGAAUAUAGAAUGCAUGAAAAAUCUAGCCACAAACUGAAAAAAUUUGAGUGUUUACAUCCUAUGGAGGAGGGGAAAAAAAAAGGCCUAAGCACAAGACUGGUUGUGUUGACAUUUUAACUUCACAAUUUGUUAAUAUACAAACUGUUUUUUUUUUUUUUUUUAAGGCUGUUGCUCAUACUCAGUCAAUUGAUGAAAGAGGUUUUGAAAAAAUAAAUAAACUUUGGCACAUG